AACCAAAUGAACUUCCUUGUUUAAAGAGUAACUUUCAAUAUAUCGUAUUAUAUCUGGUUGUUCGUUUGAAGGUUUAACACAGCGUUUAACGUAAACUGAAUGGAUGUAAAAUAAAAUGUUAUUCUUAAUUCUGUUUUUGCUUGGGAAUUUAGAUGCAGUUACUGGAUGGCAGUGCCCUACUGGGAAAGUGAUUCCAGGAAUAUACGUGAAUUCAGGACAACCAGCUAUCAUAGGUUUUCAGACAACCUUACAAACAUUUGAUAAACAACUUCAGUAUAAUGUAGCAGCGUUCAAUGAAAGUAACCUCUAUGCCGCAACGUUUUAUAGCAACCAACUUAGAUCUGAAACUUCCUAUCUAGAGUCAGAGUUCAUUGGAGAUGCAAAUACAGGAAAUUUCACUGUGAAGACUAAUGGCGUACACACACAGGAUGGAGGGGUAUAUAUGCUUCAGUAUAAAAGAGGAGCAGCAGACAGCUAUACAGAAAUGUGUUCCAUGUUAUUUGUGAUAGGAAAACCACAGAAGGCAGCUAUUUCCCAUGACAACAACAAUAUACUGGGAAGAAAUAGUCAACUUAUAUGCAGCAUUUUAUCUACAACCUAUCCAACAAACCACACCCUUCGUUUAACUUUCGACUGGAAAGUGAAUGAUGUUGCGAAUCCUUCCAGUACCAGAUACAAGUAUGGAGUUUUAAGGAAAACACUGACUAUUAUGUCUGUGACUAAAGAAGAUGCCAACAAAAGAUUUAAGUGCAUGGCUACAGAAUCAGGAGAUGAAGUUACUGGCUUGACUUCUAACUACAGUGAUGACUUCAUAUUUACAGUUAUCUAUGGUCCAGAUCCAAGUACCACAGAACUUGCUCCACCAAAUACAAAAUAUACGAUAAAUGAAGGUGUUUCUCUAAAUGACAUAACAUGCAUUGGUGACUGUUACCCAAGGUGUAACUUUAAGUGGACUAAACCGGCAACAAAUGGAGCUUUGAUAGUCAGCAACAAUGCAGUGUUAUCACUUAGGAAAUUAUCUCGUACAGAGGCUGCCACAUACACGUGUGAAGUGACAAAUGCAAAUGCUACAGUGCAAACAGAGAGAAAGCAACUUGUAGUGCAUGUCAAUUAUGGUCCUGAUGCAGGUUCAGUAAAACUGAAUCCUGUAAAAAGAACUUACACAGAGAAUGAAGGCACACGUCUCAAUGACAUCACAUGUUCUACAGCUUGUCAUCCGACAUGUAGUUAUAAAUGGACAAAGUCUGGAACAAACGCUGUGGUCAGUAACAAUGCUGUUUUAACACUUGGGACAUUGAACAGGGAUAUGGCUGCAACAUAUACAUGUACAGCUGCAAAUCCAAGAAAGAAUGGUACUGCAGCUACAGAUGUUAUCAUACAAGUAAGAUAUGGACCUGAUGCAUGCAUGAUACGUCCAGCUUCUCCAUUGACAUUAAUAGAAGGGGAAUCAUCACCUAUAGUAUCUUGUGAAUCAGAAUGCUAUCCUUCUUGUUCUAAUACAUGGAGUAACAUUGCAUCAAAUAGCCCUAUUGGGGGAAAUGGAAAAUUUCAGCUUGAAAAUGCGACAAGACACCAAGCUGGAAAUUACCAAUGCUUUUGCCAAAACACAGCGACUGUACAUUACGUGAAAAACAAAACUGCAAUUAUGAAAAUUAUUAUUCAGUAUCCGCCUGAUGUAACUGUGUUCCUUUCAACUGAAAAUAUAACAGAGGGUAAUACACUCAUUAUAUCGUGUGAUGCGAAAGGAGUUCCAUCAGUUUACAAUUACAAUGGCUUAACUCAGACAUGGAGUGGUACCCAUGUACCUAAUACACAUACAGAAGUGAGUGGUACACAAAGACAUAGUUCAUUACAUAUACCAUUUCUGCAGCUUCAAGACUCUGGUAUUUAUUCCUGCUAUGUGAACAAUGGAAUGAAGACAGCAGAUACCGUUUCAUCAGCGACUGUUAAAGUGAAAGUUCUUCCAAAAAUACUCACACACUUACUAAAAUUUGGUGGCGAAACUGCUGGAACGGUAAAUGUAAGUGUACAGUUCUACAGUUUUCCGGACAUAGAGGAAGUAGUUUUCAAACAACAUGAUAACCAAACAAUGAACAAUGGAACUGACAAGAAAUAUAUAGUUUCUCAUUAUGAAACUAUUGUGCAUGUUAAGUUCUACGGGAAAGAUAUCAGCUUACGUGGCAUGCAGGCUAAUCUGAUAAUUACAAACUUGAAACAAGAUGAUUUUGGAAGUUAUAAAUUGAUUUUGAAGAAUGAACUUGGAAGUACCAUUUCACCAUUUACUAUUGAUGCUAUAAUAUCAAUGACUCUACCUCGUUCAGUGGACUCAGAAUCGAAAAGACUGGAAUCUGGCGAGACGGGCGUUUAUAUACCUGACCCAGAAUUCCCUGGUCACGUGAAGGUAUGGUGUACAAGGGGAGUCAUUUUGCCGAGUAAAGAGUUUAACCUUAAUUCGGUUAAACUGAAUAUUAUAUUGACAAUUUUGCGUUCUGUCUCCAGUUCAAGGAAAGGUAAGCCGUCUGCACCCACAAGUUUCAGAUACAUACUCUGGGAAGGUACACACUCAUUUUCAUGGAUUGGUGGAUUUAAUGGUGGAAGACUUCAGACUUUUAUAAUUCAGACAUCAAUUGCUGAUCAAGACAACUGGCAAAACAGAACAACUGUUACUGAGGAGAUGGAUUCACAAAAUGUUGUGACUUAUUGGGCAAAUAUAUCUAGUCUUUCGCCAGGAACAUACUCUGCUAGGCUGUUUGCAUGGAAUGUUGUUGGAAAAUCAGACUAUGUCAGACUAAAUAGUACAUUUACAAUCGAUGAAAUAGCCAAAGAUAACACUUCUCUCAACAUCGCUGCCGUAAUAGGUGGACUGUCAUCAUCUGCUGUUCUUAUCAUAACAGUUGCCCUUGUCGCAGUUUUUAUAUACAGGGGAAAACAUUGGAAAAAAGGUGGAUGCAGUUCAAGUUCGAAGGAAGGGAAUAACACUGAAGUCCAAGAAAACAGCUAUUAUAACUUGGCAAGCUCGCCGACCUACGAGCACCUUCAAACAAAUGAAGAACUGUCAGGCUGGUACGCAUCCUUAGAAACAAGCGCUGGUCAGUACUGUUUUAAUAUCUUCGUUUUGUUUCCAAUACAAAUCCGUUAUCGGCGACUGUGUAAAUGAUAUAUUUUAUUCCUU